AUGGAUUGUAUUGUGGUAGAUGAGUUACCAGAGUAUACUAAGAAAUUCAACGUUAAACGAAAUUUGAAAACGUUGUGUAUUACCAAAAUUUGUCUAGCGGACAAAGAUUUCGAUCUCCCUGUGGACAAGCAAGCACCCAUUGAUAUGUUGGUAGGCAUUGAUAAUGUCUAUAACAUUUUACAACCCGGAUUAAGAAAAGCUGGGAAAUUGAUAUUGUUACCUACCAUAUUUGGAUAUGUUGUGACAAGGUCCUGUAAUGCUCCUCCAGUGCAGGAAACCCAGGUAACUGUGUUAAAGCUAGCAACUAACGAGGAAGUAAUUGAAGCUACUCAUAAAUUUGAUAAUGAUGUAAAGAAUGAUUUGGAUAUUUUGUGGAAUUUAGAUAAAGCAGGUAUUGACUGCAAUGAAUUGAAAGAACAUGAUCUAAAGGUUCUAGAAAACUUUGAAAAUACCAUUGUAUAUUCUGAAAUGGAGAAGCAAUAUGUUGUGGCCUUAACAUGGAAGUCUAAUAAGCCAAGGCUUCCAUCAAAUUUUGGCAUAGUGUUGGGCCGGGUUAAACAACAAUGUGCAAAAUUUCAGAAAGAUGAAGCCUACCUGAACCACUAUCAAAAAGUCCUGAAUGAUCAGGAGGAUAGGGGGUUCAUUGAAAGGGUAGAUAAAAACAAUUCGGUUGAAAAUUGUCAUUAUUUAGCACAUCAUAGUGUACAGAAAGAUAGUGUCACCACUCCAAUCAGAAUAGUUUUCGACUGUUCCUGGAGACAAGGUAAAAAGGGAUUGAGCCUUAACGACUGUCUGUGGACUGGACCACAUAUUACGACAGAUUUGCUCAAGGUCUUAUUGCAGUUCAGGACUAACAACUACGCUUGUAUUAGUGAUAUAGAAAAAGCAUUUCUUAUGGUGCAAUUGAGAGAAGAAGACCGCAAUUACACACGGUUUUUAUGGUUGCAAGACCCAACAGAUCCAAAUAGCGAGUUAAUCGUAUAUAGGUUUAGGGUGGUGUUGUUUGGUGCUACGUGUUCUCCAUUUCUGUUGAAUGCCACUAUUAAAUCACAUCUGGCAGCUGUUAGAAAAGAUACGAGCUGUACUGAGAUGGUGGAUAUGAUGAAGAGGGGAUUAUACGUGGACAACCUUCAAUUUACCUCCAACAGUGAAGAUGAAUUGAUAAACUUAUUUUUUGGCGCAAACAAAAUAUUUGCGCAGGCUCACUUGUAUUUAAAGGAAUGGACUAGUAAUAGUGAUCUUUUGAAUACUGUCGCGGAUGCCUAUCGCAUAAAAUCAAAAGAGAAACAAACCUAUAAAGUCUUAGGCCUAAAUUGGAACAUCUCUAGUGAUGAACUAACAAUAACACCUAAUCAUCUUAAGACCGGUCAAACAAAACGUGAAAUUCUAAGUGCAAUUGCCCAAAUUUAUGAUCCUUAG